GAAUGUCAGUACUGUCAGUCAAUCGUAGUAUCGCAAUCGAGUCGUAAAACCAACAAAACCAGAAUUCUGUGUGUCCAAGGAUUCCAAGGAAGCUUAAUCGUGUAUUAUUUGUAUAAUCUAGAACGCAAUCAGUAUUUCAAAAUGUAUUGCAACGUUCUAGCAUUAGCGUUAUUAAUUACGUAUAGUGGAAGCUUAGGAGUGAUUCGUGGCUUGACUAUUCCUCAAAGCACAGAUAACGGUUCACUAUUCGACUCGUUGACUGCACUUGCAAAAGAUUGCGGAAAUUCAUUUUUAUCAUCUCAAAUCAAUGCUCAUCUCGAAGAGUGCACAGUUGUCGUACCUCCGUACAAUGAGAAACAGUUUGAAUGCUUGAUAUUUUAUGAUAUAAACAAACAACUAUGCGAUGCAGUUACUGUCUCAAAGUUGCCUUUGAACGAAGAUUAUACGAAUAAAAUAAAUGAGGCCGUAGAGGUUGGAACCGUCUGUACUGGCGCCAAAGAGUGGAAUUUCCUGAAUUUAACUGAGUAUCCAAAGUAUGUCGGAACUGCUAGUAAAGUUUUUAAUAACCAAAUAACUUGCGUAAAAAUAUGUGGCGUCGACGACGUUAUGAGCCAAGAUACAAAUUUCUUUUGUAAGUACUACAAAUGGGGUUCAGAUAUGCUGAAAAAUAAAAUAGUAGGAGUUCCAUCAGCAGUGAGUAGUGUAUAUUCCACAGUGUCUAAUCAACCUACACCUGAGACUCAAGGUAAGCCACAACCUGAUAUUGUGCCAGGGAAUGAGAGUAAAGUCAGUCCUGCCUUAGUUUCAAAUGUUGAAUCCAUUUCUAAUAAAAUCCCUAAAGAGCUGGAAACUGCUAAGUCAGUGAAAAAUCAGGAUGAUACUGUUAAAGUUGAAGAACCAAUCCUGAAACCCGACAAUCUGCAACCAUCAUCUACUAUAAAGCAAAUAGAAAAUAAUAAACAGAUCUCCGAUAACUCGGAUGUGGAAGUUAACAAGGCUAAGAAUUUAAAACCAUUGGAAUCUGCCCCAACUAAUGUAGAGCUAAGUAAUGAGGGUCUAGAUAAACCGUCUGCUGCUGCAAUUGAUCCAGAGCUGAAAGAUGAAGAGGAAGAAAAAGAGGAUGAUCAGCCAGCUAAAAUACCGGCAAUAAAUGUUAAGGAUGUUGCAGCCAAAAAUAAAAUAGAUGAUGACUACCAGGAUACCGAAGAAGGUAAGGAAGGCCUUCCUGAAGGAAGCGAAGAUGGGGACGAUCCAAUGUUGGGAGAGGUUGAUACCAAACCCGAUACAGUCAGCAAGACUAAGAAUAAUAAGAUUGAAACUCCCAUGUCUUUUGCUGGGGAAAGAGAGUUCUACCCGAACACAAUCCCAGAUGGGUUUGCAGAUGACGACGAUCAUUUCUUCCCAUUCUUCUUAACUGCGGUCAUCUUGGUUGUUCUGCUAUAUGUGCUUUAUCAUAACAAGAGCAAAGUCAGUAAAGUGUUCCUGGGAUUGAUAGUAGAAGGCCGGCAGCCCGGACGCCGUCGUAACAGUCGCGGGCACGCCUACCGCCGCCUCGAUACAUUGGAACAAGCCAUGAGCACAAACUCAAGCGCGCCGCCAAGCAAAAUCAUUUACUGAAUCCACUGAACUUAGCUAGUAGGUAAAACUUUCUCUCCUAUGGUAUGGAAUUAGAUUUUACGACAAUAGCAUUACUACGAGGGAGGCGUUUUUCAACCGAAGUGUUUUACACUAAUUAGUUAUAUUCGAAAGAAAAAUAUUUUACAUUACUACAAGUUACUUAUCUGUAAGUUCUGUAACAAAGUAGAAAUGCACGUCUGCCGUCCACUUUAGUACACCCGUGUCAAAGUGACAAUAGUACCUACUAUUGAUCUAUUGUUUUAAUGAAACAAAGAAAUAGUAAAUAGCCCAGGUAUUUAUAAAGUCUGUUCAUGUUUUAAUUACGUAUAAUCUGCAAGAGCGGUUAUCGUUUUUAUCAUACCUAUUGUAAGCAUUUUUCAAUCUACCUUACGGUCCUACGUCUGUCGUACCUGAUAGGCCUCCAAGCGUUGCGCAAUAGGUUAAAUGGCUGACUGUAGUCACUGCUAAAGGUCAAACUGUCAGAUUGAUCACUGAUAGUCUGAUUGCCUAGUAAUAAAUACUAUGUUCUAAAUGAUAUUUUUUUUAUAGCACUUACCCCUGCUUAGUGAAACUCGUCCCGGUUUGACAAGAGCUACGGUUUCAAGUCCCGUUCGAGUCAGAUUUUUUUCGAUUUUCUCUUUAUACUAUGUUCUGUUACAUUAGUGUCUAUUCGGGCGCACUCAAUUUUGUUUGUCUGUCUGUCAAACUAAUUAAGUUUGAUAAGGUAUGAGAUAUUAUAACUUUUCAGCGCAUAACAAACUUAAUUUUAAUUCAGUUAGACAGUUCUAAAACUAUCUGUGUUCAGUUCUAAAACACUCGUCGUAAGUAAAGACCGGCACUAUAUUUAGUGUUACCGGACCAAAAUAAAAUUCAGUUUUUUCCGGCACCAGUAUGAUCUGAGAACAAAAAAGAUAUGGUGAGAAUCUGCGAAUUUGAAAUCUUACGUUGACCUGGCCGCGUUGUUCUAUUAUUAUUGCUGUUCCAUUCUAUACCUACAGGUACGUAACAAAAAGUUUAUAAAUAUUCAAAAAAUAACUUGAUAUGUGGUUGUUUAUAAAAUGACGUUAGACACAACACACAUCAUUGUAUGCAUACGUAAGCGUUGGUAACUGAAUGACCUCAGCUUCCAAUGUUUAUAUGCAUAUUACACUACAGGUUUAGUCUGGGCAUUACUGUUGCAUCAUACAAUUUAUAAAUAAUAAAACUAUUGAACAAUCGCAAAACAAGUAAUGUUGUUUUAAGAAAAGGCACAAACGUGAGGAAGCGUGCAACUAUUUUAAACUUUAGUAUCUAUUGCAUAACAUUUUGUAAUAAUAAUUCCAUACCAUAAGAAGCCUCAAGGAUAAAUUUGAUUGCCACAGUUGAAGAACAUAAGUGGUGUAGUGAUGUCUUCUUAGAUUUGUAGUUUUGUAUGAAAUCUAGUCUGUAAAGUUUAGUAUAUGACCCUUAUGAAUACUUUAGUUUGGACAAUGAACUGAUCUAGGGACUUUUCUUCUUGAAUUUAUUACGCGUAAAUUAACUAAGUAGAGAAGCCUUGUCACUUGGUAUUAUGACUCAUUUUUCUUUUUAAGAGUCCGUGGCACCUACCUCAUAUUCAAAAUUAUUAAUUCAAGGAUAAACAUGUUGGAGAUCAAUAUUUGAAGAACAGUUUAAACUUUCUUUCAUCAGAUCCAAUACGAUAAUAUUAUUGCCGAAUAUCCAAAAUGAAUAUAUCAUUUAUUGAUCUAUCUUCACCAAAUGUAUACUACCUACCUUAAGAAAAUCGAUAUGCUGUGACUGCAGCAUUUAUAAAACUUUGACACUCCAAGUUUUAUAGAUACUUGCUAGUCAUUAGUUUGUUGGCGGAAAUAUGAUUCGCCGCUGCCGGCCCGUUGUCAUUUAUUAUUAAUGGAUCCUAUUAACUGCCAGUUAUAGGAGGUAUUAUUGACUCUAAAAUCACUUCUGUUUAUUUCAAUGAAAUAACUACACCACUUAUACAAUCGGCAACAAGUACAAUACUAGGUGUAAUAGGAAUUAUAUAAAAUUUCAUAUUAAUCAAGAUGUACUUUAUUUUUUUGGAUAAAGCUGUGAUUUUUUUUUGUUUCGAGAAUUCAAACUGCUUAUUUUAACUUAAACUUGUUCUUAAGCAUUAUCUAAGGUAACUUAUUAAUUUAAUUGUUCCUUCAAACCAUCAAUAUAAAGUAGAUUACGAUCUC